AUGGACUACACUCAAGCGCAGAAGAUUCGAGAGUUUCUGAGGAAGUAUUAUCCUGAAGAUGUUCCGAGUAAGAAGGAGAUUGAGCUCCUUGAGCUGAAACAGGGGAAUAUGUCAGUGAUAGAGUAUGCUGCAGAGUUCAAUGAGUUGGCUAAGUUUUACCCGUAUUAUGAUGGAGCAGGUGCUGAGUUUUCAAAGUGCAUCAAGUUUGAGAGCAGAUUACGCUCUGAGAUCAAGAAAGCUGAUGGAAAAGGCAAGCAGAACCGUAGCACACCUUAUGAUGCUCCAGUUGGAAAGGGAAAAGCAGAAGUGACUAAUGGCAAGAGAACUAGUGGGGGAGGAGCUCCUGCUAGCGUGGUUUGUUUCAAAUGUGGAGAACCUGAUCACAAGAGUGAUGUGUGUACCGCUGGGGAGAAAAGAUGUAUUCGUUGUGGUAAGAUAGGACCUGUAACUACUGAUUGUAUGCAUAAGGAAGUUAUUUGUUUCAACUUUGGUGAAGAAGGGCAUUUUAGUAGCAAGUGUCAGAAACUAGAGAGGGAACCAGGCAGUGGAAAAAUGUUCGCUUUAGCUGGAACUCAGACAGCUAAUGAAGACAGGAAUGUCGGAGGUGCGUAUUUCAUUAGUAAUACUUGUAAUUACCAUCGUUGA